AUGGUGAACACAAGCACAGAUGGGUUGGAGGCAGGAAGAGUUCCUAGCUAUGACAGAAGAAGUCAACUCAAAGAAUUUGAUGAUUCAAAGGUUGGUGUCCAAGGACUGGUAGAAAAGGGUGUGACAAAGGUUCCACCUAUUUUCCGUAGUAGCAGAUCUAAUCUCAGUGAAGACAUAACCACAGAAUCAAACGCAAAGCUUACCAUACCCACCAUUGACCUCACAGACAUCCAUGAUGACCUUACUUUGAGAGAUGAUGUUGUGGGAAAACUUAGAUAUGCAUGUCAGAAGUGGGGCUUCUUUCAGGUUAUUAAUCAUGGAAUUCCAACUCAUGUUUUGGAUGAGAUGAUCAAAGGAAUAUCCAGGUUUCAUGAACAAGAUGCCAAGGUCAGGAAAAAGUACUACACACGUGAUUUGAACAAGAAAGUUCUUUAUCUUUCCAACUUUAGUCUUUACAAAGACCCAUCUACUGAUUGGAGGGAUACACUUGCAUUUUUCUUGACACCUAAUCCACCCAAAGCAGAAGAGUUGCCUGAAGUUUGUAGAUAUAUUGUACCUGAGUACACAACAAAAGUAGUGGCACUUGCUUCUACUUUGUUUGGUUUGGUGUCAGAGGCUCUUGGCCUUGAUCAUUUGCACCUUAAAGAAAUGGGAUGUGAAGAAGGGCAUCUUCUUCUGUGUCAUUACUACCCUGCAUGCCCUGAGCCUGAGUUAACUAUGGGCACUAGCAAGCACACAGAUGGUGCCUUCAUGACAAUACUUUUGCAAGACCAAAUGGGUGGUCUUCAAAUUCUUCAUGAAAAUCAAUGGAUUGAUGUACCUCCAAUACAUGGAGCUCUUGUAGUGAACAUUGGAGAUCUUCUGCAGCUAGUGAGUAAUGACAAAUUCAUCAGUGUUCAACACAGAGUUUUACCAACCAAUCUAGGCUCAAGAACAUCAAUUGCAUCCUUUUUCAGAAUUGGUGAUCAAUCACCAGAGAAUCUCUCAAAAGUUCUUGGUCCAAUCAAGGAACUGUUAUCUGAAAACAAUCCACCAUCUCUCAAAAUGGUAGUCACGAGCACAAAUGAGGUGGAGGUAGAAACAGUUUCAAGUUAUGACAGGAAGAGUGAACUCAAGACUUUUGAUGAUUCAAAGGCUGGUGUUCAAGGACUGGUAGAAAAUGGUGUAGCAAAAGUUCCACGUAUGUUUUAUUAUGAGCACUCUAAUGAUCUCAGUGAUGGCUUGGCCAGUGCAGCAAAAUCAAAGAUCAGCAUCCCCGCAAUUGAUCUCACUGGCAUCCAUGAUGAUCCUAAUCUAAGAGAUGGUGUUGUGAGAAAAGUUAGAUAUGCAUGUGAGAAAUGGGGGUUUUUUCAGGUCAUAAAUCAUGGAAUUCCAACUCAUGUUUUGGAUGAAAUGAUCAAAGGAACUGGGCGGUUUCACCAACAAGAUGCAGAGGUAAGGAAAGAGUACUACACUCGUGAUUUCAGCAGAAAAGUUGCUUAUCUUUCCAAUUAUACUCUUUAUGAAGACCCUUCUGCUGAUUGGAGAGAUACUAUUGCAUUUUCCUUGGCACCGGAUCACCCCAAAGCUGAAGAAUUUCCUGCAGUUUGUAGAGAUAUUGUGAUCGAAUACUCAAAGAAAAUAAUGGUUCUUGCUUAUGCCUCCUUGUUCGAGUUACUGUCAGAGGCUCUUGGCCUUGAUCGUUUCUACCUUAAAGAAAAGGGUUGUGCUGAAGGGCUACUUCUUCUAUGCAACUUUUACCCUGCAUGUCCUGAGCCUGCAUUAACUAUGGGAAAUAAAAAGCACUCAGAUGGCAACAUCAUGACUAUACUUUUGCAAGAUCAGAUGGGUGGCCUUCAAGUUCUUCAUGACAGUCAAUGGAUUGAUGUACCUUCCAUGCACGGGGCUCUCGUAGUGAACGUUGGGGAUCUUCUGCAGCUUAUGACUAAUGACAAAUUUAUCAGUGUUCAACAUAGAGUCCUAGCAAAGAAUCAAGGCCCUAGAAUUUCAGUUGCAUCCUUUUUCAGAAUAGGCAUAUCAAGAGUCUUUGGUCCAAUAAAGGAAUUGAUUUGUGAAGACCAUCCACCGCUAUACAGAGAUGUUUCCUUAAGAGAUUACAUGGCACAUCGUUAUGCAAGUGGCAGUGGAACUUCUGCACUGUUGCACUUCAAGCUGUGA